AUAAACGAAGCUGGACGAACCGGUAGAAGAACUUACGGCGCACACGCCAGGAAUGUACAUCGGUUAUAUUACCGUUUUCUGCCCUUCAAAUGACACUGCUUCUGUGGUAACCGUAGUGUACGGGUCUUUUCAUUGAAGUAUUAGCAAAAAAGACAACAUGAGCAAAAUCGGUAUCAACGGAUUUGGUCGUAUCGGCCGUCUCGUUCUUAGAGCAUCACUUGAGCGUGGUGGUCAGGUUGUCGCCAUCAAUGACCCCUUCAUUGGCCUGGAUUACAUGGUAUACAUGUUCAAGUAUGACUCCACUCACGGAAAAUUCAAAGGUGAAGUUAAGGCCGAGGAUGGUUGCCUCGUUGUUAACGGCAACAAGAUCGCUGUUUUCAGCGAACGCGAUCCAAAAGCCAUUCCAUGGUCCAAGGCUGGUGCCGAAUACGUAGUCGAAUCGACUGGAGUUUUCACCACCAUAGAAAAAGCCUCCGCUCACUUGGAUGGUGGUGCCAAGAAAGUUAUUAUCUCGGCACCAUCUGCCGAUGCACCGAUGUUCGUCGUUGGUGUCAAUCUCGAUGCUUAUGAUCCAAGCAAUAAAAUCGUCUCCAACGCUUCUUGCACGACCAAUUGCUUGGCUCCUCUUGCUAAAGUUAUUCACGACAACUUUGAAAUCAUAGAAGGUCUUAUGACUACCGUUCACGCUAUCACGGCAACCCAAAAAACGGUUGAUGGACCUUCUGGAAAGCUGUGGCGUGAUGGACGUGGUGCUGCGCAAAACAUCAUCCCUGCCGCAACAGGUGCUGCCAAAGCAGUUGGUAAAGUAAUUCCAGCUUUGAACGGAAAACUCACUGGUAUGGCCUUCCGUGUACCGGUACAUAACGUCUCUGUUGUUGACUUGACCGUACGACUAGGCAAACCAGCCACGUACGAUGACAUCAAGGCUAAGGUUAAGGAAGCCGCAGAAGGCCCUCUCAAGGGUAUUCUUGGCUACACGGAGGACGAUGUUGUCUCCUCCGACUUUAUCGGCGACAAUCACUCUAGCAUCUUUGAUGCCAAAGCCGGUAUUCCAUUGAACAAUAACUUUGUCAAGCUGAUUUCGUGGUACGACAAUGAGUUCGGUUAUUCCAGCCGUGUAAUCGAUCUCAUAAAGUACAUGCAGUCAAAGGACAACUAAGCUCGCCUCGAGUGUCCUUUGUCCAAACAUAUAAUACUGGCGUCGUUUCUCUCGUACGAUCGCUUCUCUGCUGUUAAUGAAAAACUCAUACGGUAAUUGUUAUUAACGGUCACAGUAGUUCUUCAGAGAAGUUUCAGAAGCAACAGGAGUUAUUUCGUCGGUUUCCCGUAAGAUUUGUCUCGUCGCACAGGAAACAGUAGAACGAUGAGAUUUUUUAGGUGGUCAUUUGUCGCGAAUACAAGUACAAAAAAAAAAAAAGAAAUAGAGCUGGCUCUAAAGUUUAUCCUGUCGUUAUUUAGAAAUCAAACGGAGCCACGUAUUUUAUUCGUAAACAAUUAUAAAAUCACCCUAUCUGAGAAAUGUAUCUCGCAUUGGUAUGAUAAAAGCACACGUAACAUA